GAGUUCAGAGCUCAGUGGUACUUGGCGCGCACACAGUCGUGGGAACAUUUAUACCGUGGAUCAGAACCUUGGAGUAUUUUUUAUCAUUCACUAUGUGGAACAUGUGGUGACGAGAAUCGAAGACAGUUGAUACAGGAUUUAACAUGUUUGAAAACGUGAAAUUGCAUUAGUUUCUGAUUCUUGAUGCGGCUUCUGGAUUUCCUCAAACAUGUGGGAAAGAGUGGAGUUUAUAGAAAUCAAUCUGGAUGACCCCAAAAGAGAGGACAGUAAGACUGAUUUCAUUAACCCAGCAUUCCAGCCAGACUGUGGGAAUGAAGAACAUGGGGAACAGGGAGCUGCAAACUACCUGAAAACUAACCUGCAGAAUGAAUCGGUGCAUGUCUCCUGGGAAACACUGAUUGGAAGAGCUGGUGCAUGCCCAGGUCCAAUGUGGCUCAUAGCCAUAGGAUUGGCUGUAAUCUUGACGGUGACUAUCGGAGGGAGUUUGAUCACUUUCACCAUUCAACUGGUUAUUCAGAAAUCAACCAAUAAUCAUUCUUGGGAAGUGGUCAAUGUGCCCAACAAUGGGAACAAGACGUCCAUCAGCCUCUUUACAGCCUCUCCCUCUGCCACUACCUCCAGCUCCGAGAACAUCGUCCCGGCCAUUCCUGGUUUUCCAGCAGCGACUGCACCAUCCCGCACCUCAAUGCCAUCACCAUGUGAGUGUUACUACCUCUGUAUAAUAUUCCGUCACACAAAACAGGCUAAUGGACCCAUUCUAAAGGUCACACAGCCAUGUUCUCCAGAGAUGCUGCCUGAAUCACUGAGAUAUUUCAGCACUUUGUGUCUUUUUUCAUUAUAUUCUUUGGUUGUCCCACCAUCAACUUGA